GUGCUCAUGCAAACACAAACACACUUUUAUGUUUCUUUGUAGUUUGUACUAAUCUCUCUUUUUAUAUGGAGUAUAUUACAUCCAAAUAUAGCAAUCUUUAUGUCUUCCUUUUAUAGAUUGUAACCCCAAAAAAGGAGUUUCAAUAUCCAUUUUAGGUAGAGAGAUUGAAACUCAUUCUCUUUCUUCUUCUUUUUUCUCUUCUGUGCUUGAAGAUGGGUCGUGGAAAAAUUGAGAUAAAGAGGAUUGAGAAUGCCAAUAGCAGGCAAGUUACCUUCUCCAAGAGGCGUGCUGGUUUGCUCAAGAAAGCUCAUGAGCUCUCUGUUCUUUGUGACGCUGAGGUUGCCGUCAUUGUCUUCUCCAAGUCUGGCAAGCUCUUCGAGUUCUCAAGUACUAGAUGCAUGAAGAAAACGCUUUUGAGAUACGGCAAUUACCAGAUCUCUUCAGAUGUUCCUGGGAUUAACUGUAAAGCAGAGAACCAGGAGGAGUGUACAGAGGUGGACCUUUUAAAGGAUGAGAUUUCAAUGCUUCAAGAGAAACACUUACAGAUGCAGGGUAAGCGCUUGAAUCUUCUGAGCUUGAAAGAGCUGCAACACCUUGAGAAGCAACUAAAUUUCUCAUUGAUAUCUGUGAGAGAGCGAAAGGAACUAUUGCUGACUAAACAACUUGAAGAGUCACGGCUUAAGGAACAACGAGCGGAGCUGGAAAAUGAGACCUUACGUAGACAGGUUCAAGAACUCAGGAGUUUUCUCCCGUCGAUUAACCAACACUAUGUUCCAUCCUACAUCAAAUGCUUCGCUAUAGAUCCUAAGAAAUCACUCUUAAGCAACACUUGCUUGGGCGACAUUAACUGCAGCCUCCAGAACACCAACUCAGACACAACUUUGCAACUAGGGUUGCCGGGAGAAGCACAUGAUACAAGGAAGAACGAAGGAGACAGAGAGAGCCCAUCAAGUGAUUCAGUGACAACGAGCACGACCAGAGCAACCGCACAAAGGAUCAGUCUCGUUUAGAAAAUAUUCUAUCUGAAAAAAAAAACAAAAUCCAAAUGGUUCUCUUUUUAGCCCGUAGCGAAAUAUGGAAGUGAGGUACAUUAUGUAUCCUCUGUAGUGUGAUACUUGAAGAAAACAAGAGAAUAUCGUCUAACCUCACUCUUUGUCCUUUAUCUUUUUAUUAAAUUAGUUGAGAAUGUUUAAUAAUAUCCAUAAUCUUUACAAGUUAA